AUGGCCGAGAUCAGCUUGAACGACAUCAUGCGGCUUAGUGCAUGUGACCUGCGGAAGCAGCUCACCGACAGAGGCUUGGAUACCUCAGGAACACGGUGGUCUCAUGCUGUGCGGCUGGCGGUUUUCGUUGACCUGGAGCUCGUAACAUGCUGCCCGAAGCUGAGAAACUUGGUGAAAGAGACACUGAAACUGCCCGAUGCUGUGGCCGUUGUGGCCGUGCCAGACAGAAAAGAGGCGGCCGUCCAAUGCGAAGCGCCAGAGCCCGAGGACCUCGAUGCAGUGGCCGUGCCGGACACAAAAGAGGCGGCUGUCCAAUGCGAAGUGUCAGAGCCCGAGGAGCCGCAGAGGACAACGCCGCACUCCUCGCGGUAUCGGCUGCGGCCUUCGCUGGGCGGGAAAUCAGACUCAUCCGCACCCAUAUCGGAUGACCCGGCAGAGGACGAGAAGGUUAAGGAGAUGAGACGCCUCGCUCAGUACAACUGCCCAACAACCGGCAAGUCCGAGACAUGGCUGCGGUACAAGAUCGAUAGCGAUGGCACGGAGCUGGUGGGAUGCAGUCUCUGCCAAGCCUAUGCUUCCAGCGGUCAUGCCUUGCAUGGCCGCCAGGCCUUCGGACGCUUUGAGCUUCGAGUGGCGGAGAAAACCGUACAGGCAAGGGACGCUGUGCACGGACAUGUGCACAAAGCCACAUCGGACCAUUCCAAAGCAUUGGCGUUCAUGCGGAAGGGCAUUGUCGAUGCCGGUGGCAAAAUCCGCAUUCAGAGGCAAAUCUCCAUCUCUGUGCAGGAGGAGAACGCCAUUCAUUUCGCAUACUGUGCUCUGCGGCAGGGGCUGACUGGUUACGAAUACCAAGCAAUGGCGAAGGCAUGCUAUGAGGUUGAGGCAAAUCUGCCAGACGGUCACAACGGCCGGCGGUUUUUCAGUGAGAUUUGUCGCUGCACUGCAAAUCGCAGCUUCGACAUCCUGCUCCAGCAAGUGCAGGCAUCUCCUGUGUUGAGUGUGAACGUGGACGAGGGUGUUUCUGGCACUGGCUACUUUGCCAUCAGAGUGCAUUUCCUGGAUGAGUCCUGUUGCCCGACAUCGUCUUUUUGGCAGAUGCGGCACCUGUCCAGUAAAACCCAUGACGUUCUUUGUCAGCAGGUGCUCCUGUCCCUCACGACAAAGUCUGAGGCGGGCCAGGGCUUGACAAAGCAAGAUGUGAUGGAGCGCCUGGUCGGAUUCACUGCGGAUGGUGCCAGUGUGAACGGAGUGCGUAAAGGCAGCACUCCAAUUUCUGCUCCGAUUCGUGGGCCCACUGGAAAUCUAGCGCACUCGCUGCUGCAAGAGAAGCGACAGUUUUCCGAGGAGUGCAGCGCCCAUCGAGUUGAUUUGACUUGCAAAAAGUUCGACGAGCAGGAGUACGUCGGAGGGAUCAUGCAGAUGCUGCGCCGAAUAUGUUCCCAUGAGGAUGCAAGCCAAGGAGGUCAGCUUCAUUUCGCUCCACAGCGCUUCGUCUCGCAUGCCGUUCCCGCAAAGGUGCUGGUGCGAUCUUUCAAGGACUCCAGGGAUCAAAACCAAGCAGCCUGGGCGAGACACAUCAAGGCAGAUGUGCGGACCGUGAAGGUUUGGUUGGUGCUGGCCGUGGCUGCAGAUCUUCUGUCAUUCUUGCGGAAGCUCAACGUGCAGUCCCAGCGCAGCAGCUUGAGGGUGCUCGAUCUGGAGUCCCAUGUCGAGCUGUGCAUCAAGGAUGUGCAGGCUUACAUGCGCCAGGGCAAUGGUGGCCUGGCAUCUGGCUUGAAGCAGCUGUUUCAGCCAUACACUGCUCCUCGCCAGGCUGCCGCCACUUUGCUGGAAGAACUUUGCCGGCAGAUGCAUGUGAAGCAGACUGCUGGUGGCCAGAUCCUGAGCGCAAAGUACUAUGUGGGGGACCAUGAACCGGAGUUGGAGUUGAGACUGAACAACGAGACCUUGAAUGAGGUGGUUGCCGUUGCCAAGGAUCUCGAAAAGUUGGUCCUGGAGGAUCUGCGGAUGAGGUUUCGCAACGUGGGCAUCAGUAAGUUUGUGGCUGUACUGCACCCGACAUACCGCCCGCCCCGAGAUGGCCAACCGACCCCGCUUGCAACUGCAGUGGAAGCUUUUGCCAAGCACUUUGCUAUGGCUGAAGGCGAAUUACUUUCGCAGUGGAAGCACCUUCUCAAAGUCAAGGACCGCUAUUUUGCUGCGAACCCGGAGGUGCGCACAAUGAAGCCUCAUCAGUUUUGGCCUCCAAUCCUUCAACAAGUCAAGGAGAGCCUGCCUGAAGCUUUCAGGGUGGUCAGCUCGCUCAUCCUGCUGAGUUAUCAAAAUUGCGAGGUCGAGCGGGACCUGGCUAUUCUGAAACUCGCAAGAAAUUUCAGAAAACAAACAUUCUGUACUGUUCAUUUCACCGACUCGGGUUGCUGCCACUUGAAAGCCAUGCAUUGA